AAUGCGUGACGUCUAAGGAUGCCGCUUUAUAAAUUUGAAUGGAACGCGCGUUCCAUCAUUUAACAGGGGGAAAUGAAAUCCUAAAAUAUUAAAAGCCCCACCUUCCUUUUUUUCUCAUUUCCCUCUUGCCCUAAUUAUCGACGCCACCUACUUCUUCCCUAUCACUUCGACCAUCGUUACUUGCUAUUCCCGGUCGUCCGUCGAUUAAGGCAACAGUAGACUUGCCUUUCCAUGUAAACCCUGGACCUCAUUUGCAGGUUUCCAUGUUUGGAUUAGCUUAUUCUGCUUCUACCGCCUCAAUUAGCCUCAACCUUAGUCAUUCUCUCUUUUUUCAAGCCAUCUCCCCCUGCCGCCACAUACUGCUUCGUUUUGCGGCCAAAGCUAAAGAAAACAAUUUUGAUACAUGUCGAUAAGUUUGUUGCCUCAUCCCAUAAGAUGGUUGGUGGGCGGCAUUCUCAACUUAUACGGUCAUUAAAGGUGCUUCACACCGCCUUGCCUUCACCUUCAUUCACCUCAUUCGCUUUAACCAAUUGGAAGCAAGCCACCGCCACAGAAGACUUUACAGUGGGUUUUGCUUCUAGCUUUUCCACUUUCAUGUAACAAGAUUCCACCUCCUGCUUAGUUUGGAGCAUUAAUGGUGAAUCACUAUUUAUACUCCUUCCAAUUGAUCGACAUGGCCUUUCACCAACCUCCUAUACUACCGCCUCUCCCUUCUUUUAUUCUCACAUCGAUACUUUGUUUCUUUUGUAUGAAACACGCAUCUUUCUUAUACUUCAUACCUCCGCCAUGGCUCCCGACUUUCCCGAUUUUCAAUCGGUGCCUCCCUACGAUUGGUACAAUUUGAGAGAUUCGUUUCUGCUACCUAAUUCAGGUCUUUGGCUUUCAAUUUUGGUUGCUGAUUAACAAGUCUGAAAAAUAUGUUGUUGUGUAAAGAUCAAAAGGCCAAGUUUUUAGAGGAUUGGAACAUCUGGUUGAAAGGGUGGUUGGUUCCCAAAUUGAUUCACACAUCUACCACAAUUCUCUGGAUCGAGUAUCAAUCUAUAAGGAUCAUUCUUGUGGUAGGGAUCAGAUCCCUACAGAAACCAUUCAGAUCUUGUCUGACCACAAGAGUGAAGUUUGGUUUGUUCAGUUCUCUAACAAUUGGGAUUAUUUAGCAUCUUCAUCAAGUGAUUAUACAACAAUUAUAUGGAAGGGAAGUUAACCUUCUUAACUAUGCACAACAGGGGAGUUGGGCACUUAGUCUCAUAAUGGCUUGUGUGUCUCCAACUGCCAUUUUAGGUGUGUAUCUGGAAUUGAAGUGGUUGUGAUCCAAUUGAGGUGCUUUAUGGUCAUUCAAUGACUGUAAACUGUGUGACCUGGAUUCCUAGGAGACAUCAAAUGCUAGCAUCAUCUAGUGAUGAUCAAACCAUUCGCAUAUGGGGACCAAAUCCCUCACAAAAGAUACAUCUGAAGGGGCUCAUAUGAGAUAUGUAAUCAUAGCUUGUAAUUAUUAUCAAGUCAGAACAUCUGUUUCCUUUCUGAAUGUGUUGUUGACUUAUUUUUGUUCUUGUGCUCUUCUCACGUACUUAAUUGAUUUAGAUGCAGUAGUUCGUGGAUGACCAGAAGAGCUGCUCCUAUAUUGAAUCCACACCUCUUCAUUAUAUUAGAUGGAUAUGACAAGCUCAAAUCCAAAACAUUCAACCUAAAUUAAAAUGUUCAGAAUCAAAUUAUUAGUUAAAAAUGUUGAAUUAGAUUAUGCUUCAGUAAAUUUUAAUGUCAUCUUUUCAGGUUCCAGUUACAAGUAGCAAAGGAGCUGGACCUUCUAUGUUAGAAGGGAAAAGUGGCUAUGGUUCAACCACGCAAGACUCACCAAAAUUCACAUCUGGACACUACCCUGCAUCUACCCAAAAGUUUUUCUAGAAAAUCAUGUGGAAGCUGAACAAGUUCAUUGCUAAGGAAUCAUUGCUCACAUAUCCCGUGGGCUUUGCAAUUGAGCCCGAUAAAGAAAAUGGGUCAUCUUCAAAUAUUAUAUGGAAAUCUUGCACCUGAAGGCUCAGUAGCAAAGAUCAUAGGAAAAGAAGGGUUAUAUUUCUCUGGUCCUGCAUAUGUCUUUGAGGGGGAGGAAGCCAUGAUUGCAGCCAUCUCUGAAGACCCUAUGAGUUUUAAGGGGAAAGUGGUUGUUAUUAGAGGAGAAGGUCCUAAAGGGGGCCCAAGUAUGCCUGAAAUGCUGACACCAACAAGUGCAAUAAUGGGUGCAGGUCUUGGGAAGGAAUGUGCAUUAUUAACUGAUGGAAGAUUUUUAGGUGGUUCACACGGAUAUGUUGUUAGACAUAUUUUCCCUGAAGCACAGAAACUUUCAGAAGAAGAAUCAGCAACAAUUGACAAGAUAUGUAAAGAGGAAGCAAAUGUGUAUGCUUCUUUCUUCAGGUUUUUUCAUACUAUAUCUUUAUGGUUAAGGUUAAACUUAUGGAUGCAAGUUUUUUCACACUACAUCUUUAUGGAGGAUAUAUUGGAUAGCCUUGCAAUCUCAGUAUCAUAGGUGUGUAUUCUUCUAAUUGUCUUUUGCAGGUGGUUGGAAUUGGACCUAAAGUUGGUUGCUGAUAUAGGAAUAGUGGGUGCUCUAAAUGUAGGAAAAAACAUGUUUUUAAGUGUUAUUAGUGUUGACAUGUAGUGUUGUUUGACAUGUAAUGUUAGGUCACUUGUUUGACAUGUGAUAUUUUUUUGAAAUGAAUUAUCCUUCUUAUGUAUGGUAUUUUAUUUUGUAUUAUAUUAAUUUCAA